GGUUUCCUGAAGUCUCGGGAUCGAACGCAGCAGAAGAUCUACACUCAGCUGACGAAGACUCAGAUGUUCACUCAGUUCAUCCAGGACUGCUCCUUCGUCAGCGACCGUCACGCCUGCCUCGAGUUCUUUGACGAGUGCGUCCUGAAGGUGGACGUGGAGAAGCCGGAGGACGUGAGGCUCAUCGAUCUGGACGAGACUCACAGCGGAGAACACACCGUCUUCAUCAUGCCUCCUGAAGAGCCGCAGGAACCUGACGGCUCCGAGUGCCCCGCCCUCUACAGUUAUGAAACUUUCCCCACACUGAAGCCGGAGCUGUUCGACCGGCCUCAGGACCAGCUCCGGGUCCCCGCGAAAGGCAGCGCCCCGAGCAGCCCCGCCCCCCGCCGCACCAAACAG